GGUUAGGUAAUCAUACCCCACAACCCUCGCGUCUACAUAUACUCCCGCCAUAUCUUCUUAUCUCCAUGUGAUCAGCUGUUGGUGUAGUUCGAAAGUCGAAUUAACGAGGUACGUUUCGUGCGCGCCGUGCGUGCAAAUAUGAGGCGAUGAAUUUAAUAUAGCUUGAAGUUUAAAUGAAAGUAUGGAUCCAAGUGAAGUAGAAUUUCUCGGUGAGAAGCAACUGGUCAGCAUAAUACCGAAUUUCAAUCUCGACGUAAUCCAUUUGAUCUCGGGCUCGGUAGGACCAUUUCGCGCCGGUUUGCCUGUCAAAGUACCAAUUUGGCUCGCGGUGUGCCUCAAGCAAAAGCAAAAAUGUCGUAUUAUCAAUCAAGAGUGGAUGGAAGUCGAGAACUUGAACGAGAGAAAAGAGAUGGAAAAGAUGUCAAAGUUAUUCACAGAGAUGCCAAGUUAUCAUUACAUCGAUGAAAGUCAAAUCUUACUGAGUACUGGAAACGAUGAUAUACCUGAUGCAGAUGGUAUAAGGAUUGCUGUAAAGGAUAUAUGGGAUAUAAGAAUGUCUAAAUUACGUACAUCUAUGGAUGCUUUUGUAAAGAAUGAAGGAGUACAUGCAAGACUGGAUCAUCUUACUGCAAUGGAAAUUAAUGGGAUACGUCCAUUGUUGCCACAUGCAUUGGAUCAAAUGUUACGAAUACAAUCUGCAAAUUUAGGAGGGGCAAGUUCUCAAUAUAGUGGAAAUAUGUAACGAAAAUAACAUCAAAUUAUCAGUUGUUAACAGAUUGUGAAUAUUUUUGUAAUUUUUACAUUCUAUUGCCGGAUAUAUACAUACAACAAAAUGUUUAUAAAUUUAUAGUUCAUAAUAUAGAUUUCAUCCUCAUAAUAUAGACUUU